CCAAUCCAUACAUCAAAAACCUAAGUCCACAUUUUUCCCUCCAAAACCCUACCCCACCCGACGAUGAAGCGGUUCGUCGUCGUUUCGUCGCUAUUUCUCCUCGCUAGCAGCCACCUAGUUGGCAGCCGCUCGAUCGCGGAUGAUCGGAGCUCAGUAUCCGACGGCGGCAACUAUCUCAAGUGGCCGCUGUCGGCGACUACGGUGACUUGCGAGCCGGUGUACGGCUUCUUGCCGUGCUCCACCAACGGUUUGGGUUUGCUGUUUAUGAUCGUCGUGUACAACAUCUUGCUGUCUUUCGGCGGGAAAUACGUCGCCGCCGGCUCCGAUCUCUGGCUUCAGAUCAUCGGCCCGGGCGUAGUCGGAGGCAGCGUCUUUCAGUUCCUCGGCACGAUUCCGCAGCUCGUUAUAAUGCUUUUACCUCUACUUGUGGGUUCCGCGGAAGAGGCUCAAGCACGGGUGACAUCGGGGAUGGGGAUGGUGCUCGGAGGAGUAGUGAUCAUGCUAACAUUGAUUUGGGGCCUUACCAUCGUUAUGGGAAGCUCCGACCCCCCCGAGGAACAACAAACUGCCCAAGGCUAUAACGUCGUUACAGAUGUCCAAACCAGUUGGACGGCGAGGCUGGUCUUGGUAGCAUCACUGCCAUAUCUCAUCCUUGAGCUUCAAAAUGUUUUCACCUCCUCCUCGGGGAAAAAACUCAUCAUUCUUAUCGCUCUCCUAGUCACGAUUGCUUUGCUCGUUGCUUACAUCUUGUUUCAGUCGUUCCAGCCGUGGAUACAAAACAGAUGUUUCGAGUUUAUGGUGGACAAAUAUGCAAAGGAUAAGCUACUGACACUUUUAACAACAAAUGGCAGGCCUAAUAUUGGGAAGAUACAAAAGUUGUUCAACAAAAUGGACAAGGACAACACUUCAUCUGUAACACCUGCAGAAAUCAGAGUGCUGGUCUUAGGAGUUAAGAUGGAGGAUGAUGACAUUAGCACAAACCGAGUUUUGGAUGAAAUCACAACAUAUUUUGACACCUCUGGUGAUGGAAGUAUCGGUCAGGAAGAGUUCGUAGUAGGCAUGACCACCUUGGCUCUAACCCUUUUAGAUCUGACACCAGCACAAUUGACAACACCAGGAAACAACAUAUCCCAGAAUCCGGAGCAAGAGGCAUUGUUAAGUAGAAUCACGAGCAGCAGCCAAGCUAAGAGCACUUCUUGGUUGAUCUACUUGAAAGCAACUUUAUCGUUGGCACUCGGAUUUGGUAUUGCGUUGUCCCUUUCACAGCCAUUGAUGACAUCAAUCAUGGCGUUUGCUAAAGCAACAAACGUCUCAUCUUUCUGGGUCUCGUAUGUGGUUCUACCUCUUGCUUUGCACUAUAACAAUAUCCUCCAAACAAUUAAGUUGGCCUCACAAAAGUCAGAGAAGACCAACUCCUUGCUGCUGUCUUCGCUAUAUGGUGGAGUGUUCAUGGGCAAUGCUAUCAGUCUGCUUCCGUUCCUUGUGCCAGUAUACUUUCGCGACUUGACAUCAGAGGUCUCAUUGGAGCUUCAUUUAGUUCUGUUGAUAUGCCUUGGAAUGGGUGGAUUCGCUAGCUUCAACACAAAGUUUCCACGUUGGACGGGAUAUGUAGCAAUAGCUCUAUACCCUAUUUCUCUAGGGACGGUCUACGUUCUUACCUCUCUUAUUUGAUCAAACCCUCCAAAAACUGCACAAAUCCCUUUGUUGUGUGUUUUCAGGAAAACAAUAAGCAAUCAUCUCUGUAACUUUUCAUUAUUUGUUUUUGUUAAAUUAAAUAUGCACUAGCUAGCAUUGAUCUCUAUGCAGCAUUCAUAUA